ACCGGGAAAAAGAUGUUUAUCAAUAUAUUAUAUUUAUUCAUUGCAUUAGCUGGUGUUAAUGCGGAAUCAGCAGAUGAAAUAUGUCAACUUAUGCCUGCGGCUAAUGGCUUUGGAAAAAUUAUGUCCUGUGCACACUACUCGAAUUGGUUUUCCUAUCACCCAGACAAAAACGAAUGCCUGGAGUUCUCAUACGAGGCUGUGGUGGCAACGAAAAUAGGUUUCAAACUAAAGCAAUUUGCGAAGAUCUGUGCAAAAAUAAAGUUGAGCAACUUUGAAUAA